AUGUCUCCGAAAGAGGUUGAUCCUCUACUGCCCCAGAACGAGCCUGCUCCCGAGAUCCAAGGCCGCGGCUUCUCGAGAUACAGAGGAUACGAAGGUAUCCAGCCCUUGCCAGAGUAUAAAGAACAGCCGAAGCAAUGGGAAGACGUGCGCCAGCUCCAGUCGGGCUACCAAGACGAAGAAGACGAUGAUGAAGACACACAAUCUAUGUCGCUGGAAUCGACAAAGUCGGCCUUGCACAGGAUUAUCGCCUUCUUCUCCAUCGUGGUAACCAUGGGCUUCGUGAUAGCCCUUCUGAGCCCGCGCGUCGCAGAUCAAGAGCCCAUCCCUGUCCCCAAGCGGCCUCAGAGCAUCGAGGAACGAGUGUCGGCCAUCCUCAACCACACCCCGCUGAUAGACGGCCACGUCGACCUCGCGAUCUUCAUCCGCGGCAGGUACGCGAACAAACUGCACACCAAGGAGUUCAAGCAGAAGUUCAAGAACGGGAACAUGGAAGAGAACGUGGAUUUGCCCCGUCUGCGCAAGGGCAUGGUCGGUGGGGCGUUCUGGAGCGCCUUUGUCGUCUGUCCGGAACACGCAAGCGAGGACUUCUCGGACGAGCAGUACGCCACGGCGGUCGCGCACACGCUGUCUCAAAUCGACGUGCUCCGCCGUCUGCAGGCCGAGUAUGCCGGCAACUUUACCUUCGCGACGACAUCGCUCUCCGGGCAGCUGGCGAAUUUCCACGCCUCGAGGAGUCUGAUCUCGCCGAUCAGCAUUGAGGGGCUGCAUCAGCUUCCGCAGUCCGCGCCGCUGUCGACAUUGCGGUUGUACCACGCACUAGGUGUGCGUGCAGCGACGCUCACGUGGAACUGCCACAACGCAUUCGCCGAUGCGGCGUUGAUUUCCACGCGCAACGGCACGCACGUGGCGCCGUACCAUCGUGGCGGGCUGACCUCUGCAGGACGAGAGGUCAUCCGCGAGAUGAACAGACUGGGCAUCCUGGUCGACAUUUCACACACGUCGUACUGGACGCAGAAGGCCGUGUUGAGCAACAACACCUCCGCGGCCCCGGUGAUAUACUCGCACUCGUCGGCGUUCGCGCUGUGUCCGCAUCCGAGAAAUGUCCAUGACGACAUUCUCGAGUUGGUCAAGCAGACGGGGAGUGUGGUCAUGAUCAAUUUUAGCCCCGGGUUUAUUUCGUGCCUGCCGCCACCGGAUGAGACCGUGUUACCCGAGUUCUACGAGAAGAACAACACGUUGCACCAGGUAGCGAGGCACGUCGUGUAUGUGGGCGAGAAGAUUGGGUAUGACUUUGUCGGCCUGGGAAGUGAUUUUGACGGUAUGGGCGAGCUGACACCAAAAGGUUUGGAGGGGGUUGAUAAAUACCCUGACCUGAUUGCUGAGCUGUUGAAGAUGGGUGUCAGUGAUGCCGACGCUGCGAAGGUGGCCGGUGGGAAUCUGAUCAGGGUAUGGGAAAAGGCCGACGCCGUGGCUAGAAAGCUGCAGCGGGAGACUCUGGAGGGAGAAGAUACCGUCUCUGGAUGGUGA